UUCUUGAGGUUGUAAUUAUUCAGGAGUCUCUCACUUGUAUUCUUCUCAGAGAAAUCGGCUGUCUGUUCCUUCUUUGGAAGAGGGAUGUGUGGUAGUCUCACUUCUCUAUCGACGAGCUACACCCGGAACACCGUACAGUAGCCAUGGAGUUCAUGAAUCUUGUUGGGGAGCUCCAGGCCCUCCCCGACAAUAUUCACCUCCUGUGCGCCCGACAACACGACGACGACCACGGACGAUACGAUGACCCAAACCAAACAGACGAGUCCGGCAAGAAGGUCUCCGACCUCGUCGCGGAGGCAACCCAGCGCAGGGAGAAAUUUCUAUCGUGCAUGCGAAUUCUCGCCUACAACCAGGACGGCGUCGAGGAGCUACAGGCCUGGAUCUGGCGGAAGUUGGACGACACGCUCGAGAAAUGCGACCUCUGCAUCAAGCAGUACUACACCGGGAAGAUCUGGCUCAUGGAGCAGCUGAAGGAGAACUACGACGACGAGGACAUUGAAAAGUUCGCGCGCAUGAUCGACGAUUGGGAUAUCAAGCGCAUCACGAAGAAUCUGGCUACCGCGACGGCGAAAUUAAAAGAGGUUCCCCCGCAGGAGAUCGGGCUCCAUGUGCUGGACCGUGCGUCGCUGCUCUCUAUUUUUGAGACCCUGAGCUGUGAUGCUAUGCUGCGCAAUGACAGUCUUCUAAAGGAGCACUUCGAUGAGCCGUUUAGGCUGAUCCAAACGAAACGCACGCUGAAGGUUUCGGACUACAUCCCUGCUGUUACGCGCUUCUUAUUUGAUCCCAACCAGAAUCGCAGCUUUUGGGCUAUCCACUCGUGGAUGCGAUAUCCUCGGCCGCCGACUACAGUGGAGUUCGACUGGGCUGUGAAAGAGGGGCUCUUGGAUGCACUGCGGAUGGCAUCUCAGCAGCCGCCUCAGGUAGCUUUGAUCCAGCGACUCUGGCGUGGUAUGCAGCUUGUAGUGAAGAGACUGGACAAGGACCAGAUCACCCACCAGCUCCGCGCCCUCGAAAUCGACCCCUGCCGUUUGUCGGUGGAACAUCUCUCGAUCCAGUCGCCCGGCUUACGGUUCCUGUUGAACACGAUCCAGAUCUUCCUGGAGAAGGCGCCAAGUGAUUUCUGGGAUGCGAUGCAAACGAUAUCGCCCCAGGCCAUCAUCGAGCAGGUCUUCUACAACCCCCAGCUGGAAGCCUUCCUCAAACAGGCGUCUGAGGGAGAGCCGUAUGAAAAGUCUGCCAUGAAAGAUAUGCUCUCAUGGGUCGGUCCGUUUAUGUCAUCGCUGAAAGGCGCCCAUCAGCCUUCCGCGUCCAGGCCCCUGGCAUAUCAGCUUCUGGAUCGGUUACAGAAACCCGUGUUCCCAAAUUUGGCGAGGUAUCAUUGCUUUCACGUCGGCCUAGCGAGCCUCCUCCACACCCUCCGCAGUUUUACUGACCAUGAAUCAUCGAGAGGCUCAGUAGAACGUGUCGUUCUGUCUGAGACCAUGGGGGUCGUAAGUGCGAACAUCGAGAGGAUCCUCGAGCCGCCCAGCUUCGCUGUGGAACAGGGUCGGCAGCGAGAGAUCACCGCCCUUUGUAUGGAUGUUAUUCGUAAUACGUUGGCUCUCGAGUGCCAAUCCCUUAAGAGUGACUACGAAGUGAUCCUUCGGCAGAACUCCCUCCAGCAUGGCGUAAGCACCUAUUCUGCGACGAUCUGGGAUGCAGUCGUGAAGCACCUGCAUCAGGAUAACCUGGCUCUGUCAACGUCCGCCCUUCUUGGCAUAUUGCCACUGGUAGGCCUGGAGAAGUUUCCCACGAGAGGCGAGGCCAGCCCGGAAAAGACACACUUCAACGUGAUCUACGGCCAUUUGACGCACCUUUCGUGCCAAGUUAUCGAGCGCUUGGCGGAUUUCAAGCCAGAGCAUCUGGACGAGCUGUUUAAAAGCCAGGACACGAGUAGUGCCUUGAUAUCCGCUCUGUUCGCCGCGGAUCUCAAUACCUACCAGGCUGCCGUCGACCUGAUUAAGAACGUCAGCGGUCAAUCCGCCCGACGAGAUGCCAUAUCCCAUUUGAUGCAGUCUUUUUUCACCACCACCAUGUACGGUCUGAGCUGGUCGUUCCGGCGCAUUUCCAACAUGAAAACGUUUGCCUCUGCGCCGAGGAUGAUCCACACCGGAACGGACAUCGUUGAUAUUCUCUGUGACACCCAGACCGGCAUGCUCAGAACUCGCAAGCUUGCCGACCGCCGCGAGAUUCUCUCGUUGCAAAAGCUUUGGGAAUAUCUAUGGCAAGCCUUGACCACCAUAUUCGACGAGACGGAAUCGUGGCAUCUCAGGGGCAAUGAUAAGUCUGUGAUGCUCGAAUUCUGCCGUGAUAGUAUCCAAUUCGCGGAUCUGCUCUUUAGCCAGUACAGUGUCUUUUUAAGCGCUGUGGUUGACGCCGACCCGAACCAGGAAGUUCCUGCCCGCGAAAACUUCCUUAAAUCCCCCACGUCAACGAUGAGUGCAAUGGUGAAGUGGCUGCGACUCAAGGACGAAUACCUGGCGACCACCUUGGUUGGGCUCGUGGCGAAACUUCUCCGGCGGCUUGGGGAACUCAGCGUGACAACCGUAAAGGAAGAUGCCUUGAAAUUCAUCGAGGGCGUCGCGGUUAACUCCACCAUCAAGACGAUACUGACUUUGCGGGAGAAGGCAGAGCUCGUGCGGGCCUUGGAGGCUUACUACAAGAAACCCGUUGUCACUGCAUCGACCGCCAGCCUCAAGAAACAGAGCUCGAUCACCACGUUUGCCCGACCCGCCGAUCAGGUAGCUACUCCUAGUCCACCAAAGACAGGGGACGAGUUUGAUGACAAUAUCCCCGACGAUGUUCUGUUACAACUGUCCCGCUCCGUGGAGCUUAAUAAGGAGAGGGUGGCCACAGAGGCCAAGAGGAAGGCAGAGAGAGCUGCCAAGUCACGGCUGAUUGCUCCUAAGCCAACCCCAACGCCGCUGAAGCCCAAUUCAUCCGUUCAGGCUUUCCGCGAAAAGCGCGAGAGAGAACGGGAGGCCAAGAAGAAACGUGAUAUGGCCGAGCUGGCGCGCUGGAAAAAGAGUCUCCCUGCUGCUGGCGUCGCGGAGCUAACAGCCGAGCAGGGUUCUGGGCUGUCUGGCAUCGGGAUUCAAGGCAAAGAUCAUACACCGGCAGACAGUAUGAUGGUUUCGUCCGAUUCCGAGUCCGAAUCCGAAAGCGAAGAUGAGCUCGACAAGGAGCUCUUUGGUGCGAAGGCAAGCUCGAAGCCUGAUGCCGUCAAGGCCUACGAGGAAAGCAAGAGAAUGUCGUUGAAACAACAGGGUCCUGUCAAAAAGGUCAAACAGGUGCGCUCCGCGAAAGACAUGCGGGCACGACUCGCGCCGGACCUUUCUUCGUUGCAUCGUACAAUUCUUUCCUGGGACUUUUUCGCCAGCGGUGAUCUUCCUCCGAAUUCCGGCCGUACCGACUACAGUUUGGUUUCCAACGCAUUCAGAGACCCGAUUGAGUACCAGAAGACGUUCGAGCCGCUUCUGAUCCUGGAGGCCUGGCAAGGAUUCCAGUCCUCUAAGGAAGAAAACACGUUCAAGAAAUUCGAGAUCACGGUUGCAACUCGUUUGUCUGUGGAUUCUUUUAUGGAGGUCAACACUUCGAUGCUUGCUCCUGAUAUGAAAGAUUUGGGUCUUGGUGAAGCGGACAUUGUCCUGCUUUCCAAGUCAAGCUCUCCGACGUCGGAUUCUUCUGCCCCGCAUUGUCUUGCCCGGGUCUCUGGCAUUAAUAGGAAGAAGGGCAAGGUCGAACUUGCCUACCGGGUCAAUCCUGGCAAUCCCUUCAUUAACUCCCUCUCGCCCGGUGCCUCGAUAUGGGGAGCCAAAAUUACAUCCAUGACUCCUCUUGAACGCGAAUACGGCGCUCUCAUGGCCCUACAAUACUAUGACCUGUGCGAGGAGAUUGUCAGGGCUAAACCUUCGCCGAUCCUCAAUUACUCAGACGCAGCCCUCAAGCCUUUCGUGGACAAUUAUAAUGUCAACCUGGCCCAAGCCAAAGCAAUCAAGUCCGGUUUGGAUAACGAUGCCUUUACUCUCAUCCAGGGUCCUCCCGGAUCCGGAAAGACCAAGACAAUUGUUGCCAUGGUCGGAGCUAUUUUGAGCAAUGUCUUCGGCAAGCAAGGUGUGGCGAUAUCAAGACCGAUAACGAUUGGCAACGCUAGGCCUCCUGCGAGGACCACAACCUCGAAGAAACUGCUGGUGUGUGCGCCUAGUAAUGCCGCUGUUGACGAAUUGGUCAUGCGUUUCAAAGAUGGCGUUAAGACGGUACAUGGGCGCCAGGAGAAGUUGUCAGUUAUUCGACUGGGAAGAAGUGAUGCCAUCAACACCAAUGUUUUGGACGUCACAUUGGACGAACUUGUAAACGCCAGAUUAAACCAGAGCUCGCGCAAAGAACCUGGGGAGACUGACAUGCAGAAGAUCUACAUGGAGCACAAAGCCGCCGACACGGGAUUCAAGGAGGCUCGUUCCAAGAUGGACCAAUGCAAAGCGCAAGGCUUGCCUGUUCCUGCAGAGCUGGAAAGAGAAUUCGACUUGCUCAGGAAGAAGAAAACACAAUUGAGUCAGGAGAUUGACAACGCGAGAGAUAGGAACCAUUCAGCGGCACGUGAUGCUGAAUUGAACCGACGACGCGCUCAGCAAGAUAUCAUUGACGGAGCACAUAUUAUUUGUGCUACCCUCAGUGGUAGCGGUCACGAUAUGUUCCAGAAUUUGAGCAUUGAGUUCGAGACGGUCGUUAUCGAUGAAGCGGCCCAGUCGAUUGAAUUGAGUGCUCUCAUUCCAUUAAAAUACGGGUGUUCGAAGUGUAUCCUCGUUGGUGAUCCUAAGCAGCUGCCGCCAACGGUUUUGUCAAAGGUCGCCUCGAAGUUCCAGUACGAACAGAGUCUAUUCGUGCGGAUGCAGGCAAAUCACCCUAGAGAUGUGCAUCUCCUGGACAUCCAAUACCGAAUGCAUCCUGAGAUCAGUGCUUUCCCUAGCUCCGCAUUCUACGACGGCAAACUACAGGAUGGUCCAAAUAUGCGAGAGCUUCGCACUCGCCCGUGGCACCAGAGCGAGCUGCUCACCCCAUAUCGGUUUUUCGAUGUGCAAGGUCUACACCAAAGUGCCACUAAGGGCCACUCUCUGAUUAACAUGGCGGAGCUAAAGGUAGCUAUGCAACUGUACGAGCGUCUGGUGACGGAUUUCCGGGAACUCAGCUUUGCGCGGAAGAUUGGCAUCAUCACUCCUUACAAGGGCCAACUGCGGGAGUUGAAAAACCAGUUUUCUGCCAGGUUUGGGAGCUCUAUUCUCAACAUGAUUGAUUUCAACACCACGGAUGCGUUCCAGGGUAGGGAGAGCGAGGUGAUCAUUUUCUCUUGUGUAAGAGCUUCGAACAAAGGAAUUGGUUUCUUGUCCGAUAUUCGCCGUAUGAACGUCGGUUUGACUCGUGCCAAGUCCUCGCUUUGGGUGCUUGGAAACUCCCAGUCCCUUGUCCAGGGAGAGUUCUGGAAUGGAUUGAUCAAGGAUGCUCGUCGAAGAAAUGUAUAUACCAGCGGCGACAUCCUGAGGAUCCUCCAGAAACCGCAGUUCACUGGCUACAAGAACGUCGAGAUGGCAGAUGCCGAUGGGUCAGGAUCGGCUGUAAUUCCAGCCGCGUCCGUUUCUCGACCGCCCUCGGUCUCUCUCGAGAAUCUUCCGUCCGAAUCCCCCAGCUCUGCACCUGGAUCCGGGAAAGGAACCCCUCCUGCUCCUUUACCAGACGGUCCCUCAGGAGGCCCCAACGGCCUGGACGAAAAUCGCAUGUGCGGUUACUGCGGGAGCUUCAUGCACAUGACUCACAACUGUGACAACACAGACGCAAAGGAAGAAGCCCAGGGCACUUGCUUCCGAUGCAGUCAACCCGGACACACCCGCGGGAGCUGUACAGCAGAGCGCUGUGUGGAAUGCGGCCAAUUCGGGCACGUGGUUAGUAAUUGUCGGACUCCUCGCAGCCUGCCGAAGCACGAAAGAGCGCGGAUCAGCCGUGAGGAACAGCGCCAUGCCCAGAUACAAAAGCAGAAGACGGAGCGCCAGCGAGCUCGGCAGAUAGGCGGCCACGACCCCAAGGUGCCAGUUAUCCAAAUCACCUCUGGAUCGGAGGGCAAGGAAUCCAAACCGCCCAACAAGAGCCACAACGACGGCGCCGGCGGGCCGGCAAAGCGCAAGCGCACAGACUCCGAUUCCCCUGCAGCAGAUGCUUCGAAGGCUUCUCGCCCCCGCAAAUCCGACCAACAGCAGGGACCGCCUAAUGCUCCUAAAGGGCCGCGGCGUAAGAUCGAUGCGAAUGCGCCCUCCACGACAGAUGAUCUGGUUAAACCCUCCCGAAGUGGACCCGCAUAUGGCCCGAUCAAGCAGGGUGAACCGCCGCGUGGCCCGCGAUCAGGGCAAGGCCCAUCACAGAGCAAUCCCCGACAGCCAAUACCUCCACAACAGGGACCGGGCAAGGGUCCUCGCCCACCGCCACCCAUGCGUCGGAAGAAGGAAACCGACCCGUUCAUCAGACCCAAACGGAGAUAAACGAGCGGUGCACGAUCUGAUCGAUUCACACCGCACGAUCACGAUCGCUAGUCAUCUCCUUUCUUAUCUUUUUCCCACGAUCUCCACGAUCUUCACGAUCUUCAUCCCAGAAUAGAUGUAUCACAUGGGGUCAGGUCGGGAAAUAUAACAUCACUUGAGAUGACGGUGUGAUACGUUGUCUAUUGCAUGCAUA